CGGUACUAUUAGAAACAGGGUCUGUUAUUGUAGACCGUUUCAAUUGCUGCUGAAACUUUCGACCAUCUCUAGCUCUGCUCUGGGUAUACUUGGGGGGAGUGCCCCUACGAUGAGCUGCGCUGGUGGUACUGGUGGUAAUCUUCAGCUCCUGUCAUUCUGACGGAUUCUUUUGAACCGAUCAACACCAAAGGAAAGCCAAAAAGGUCGGAAAUUCCUCAAAAUGGCGAAUGGGGAAGGAACAAGUUCUGCUCCAGCGACAAGUGCAGCACCCAGAAGAGGAAAAACAAUUGCUGUUCUUUCUUCCCUUCCUUUGCAAAUACUCUUUUACCUGAAUGGAUGGUAUUUUGCAUUUCUUUGGCUAUGUGAAGCAUUGAUGUACAUUUACAAAGGUUCAGUGCUGCCAUACCCCACGGAAAAUCUAGCUGGAGAAUGGGUCCUCAUCUUCCUCCUGGUUGCCAUAGAGUAUGUCAGACUGUUCUUAGGAAAGAAAGGAAACCUGACGGAGAAAGUCGUCCAUCUUGCUGUAUCCUUGGCAUUGUCUGUAGCUACCCUGUUUGGCGCCCUCUAUCUCAUCUUGUGGCAGACAUACGUGUUACGAGCAGAGUUAAUCCUCAAUGCAGUUCUCCUGUGUUUUCUUGGUCUAGAGCUGGUCUUUAGUAUCAUUGCUGUCAUCACAUUUGCAAGGGCCAACCAAACAGCAAGAUGAGUAGUCUAAACUGCUGCAGACCCCAGUCAUCUCCAGUACUGAAAUCAGAAACCUGAUUAGGAUUUCUCUCUCGUCUCUACACAGCAAAUUGCUUUUCAGAAGCUCCGAGAGCAUAUAUUUUUUUCAUUUUGUUUUCUUCAUCAGGCUUUGCUUCUUGAUGGAUUACAGUGUAUAGAGAAACUGUCAUGAAAAGUAUUUUUCUGCAUUGCCUCAGUGAAUACUAAAGAUAAAUGAGCAUUGUGUAGCCUGUAUACAAGACUAUGAAUGUUGGACUCCGAAAGCCUCAUAUGCUGAAAAUCAUCAACGCAAAUAAGCAUACACCGGCAUCAUUUGUGCCUAGUACUUGGAAACAAUUGCCUGUGGUCUGACGAAUGCCAGGCUUGUUGAUUUACUCUUCAAAUACUCAUUCUCUCUACCAGGAUAAUUUUGGUUGGCUUUGGGGGUCACAAGGUCAAAGGCCACAUAGGCCAUUACAUUAUAUUCUGUCCAUUGCCUCAUAGAAGAACUACAUGUAGUAGGAGGUGGAGAAGAAGAAGGAGGAGGAGGAGGAAGAAGGAGGUGGAGAAGAGGAAGAUGAAAGUUGAAAAGGACAACAAUGAAGAAGAGCAGGAAAUAGGAAAAGGAAUAUUAAGGAGGCGGAGGAUAAGCAGAAAAGAAAUCAAUCUUCUUCAUGUAUCAUUCAAAUGUUGAUAUUGUUCAUAUUUCUAUGUAUUUAUAGACAAUUUAAAGAUUUUGACUUGAAAAUGUACAUUUUUGUGUAUAAAAUUAUUGUGUGAUAUAUAA